AUGAACUAUUCUCACUGGAUCAAAAAAGCUAUAUAUAACAAGAAUAAAUUCUAAAAAGAGUCUAGGGAGAGUUCUACAAUCACUAAAAAGCAAAUCUCGAAACAUUCUUCGAGUAGCAUUAGAGAUUUGUACAAAUCCUAAAAGUGGGAACACCUUAUCAAGAUGGCCAAACAAACCAAAGGUUUAUUUGAGGAAUACGAUUGUAUUAAGGUUCAGAAGAAAGUUAUCAAGUUGGGAGAGACUGUGCUAAUUAAUAGUGGAGAUGCUCAUGAUGAAGAUUAUGUAGGGACCAUAAAAUAAAUUAUAUCAAUAAAAGAACCAACAACACUUAAACUUAUAUGUUUAUGUCGUGUGCAAUGGUAUAUGAGAAAAAGUGAAGUGAUCAAAUCACAUCCGAAAAGCAAUGAAUGGGUUUCAGAACAGGAGUUGUUUGAAACUAAACACGAAGAUUAUAUUUUGGCCUAGACUGUGAUACACUCGUGUCAGAUUUUCACAUGUAAGGAAUACGUGGAUCUUGAUGAAAUUGAAUCCACUCUUUAUUUUAACCGAUUAAGUUGGGAUAUGGAAAAAAAAUAAUUUUAAGGUUUAGAAAAACUUCAAAAGUUCUGUUCGUGUCAAUAACCGGUCAAUCCCGAUAGAAAAUAUAUAUAAUGCGAUUCGUGUCAUUAAUGGUACCAUCUGGAGUGUGUGGGUUUAAAAGAGGGAGAAUUGGAUGAUUCCGAAUUCUUUUGUAAACUUUGCUUAUGA